AUGAUGAUUCAUGGUGAAUCGAUCUUAAGAAGAAAUCGACGUUUCAUCGCAGAUGAACCAUUGGAUUCCAUCGAUCGUGAUAAUUAUCAUAAACUUAUUCAAUGGAUAUGGGGUGGUGUUGUGCGUUCUUCUCCUGAUCAAAUUAAUAAUGAAUGUAUCAAUAUUGUCAAUAUUGUCUUAGACAAUGUUAUCGAAUGUUCAAAACGAUUAGCAAUGACUGAAGAACUAAUUGAAGAAAUUUUUCCUCUAUUCAAACCGAUCAAAAUGACCAAAAAGAUUUAUAGAUUAUUCAAAGAACUUAUUCAAGAAUGGAUAGAAGCGAGUCGAGAUGAAAAUGUUUAUCAAGUAUGUCUCGAUACGGCAAAAUUGAAAUGGCGUUCACCAAUUGAAAUUGCUUUAUUAGGUCUUUGA